GUAACUAUUCUGACAGUUGACAUAUAAAGAUACAUAUCAGUAUUACAGAUAAACGACGUCAGAAAGCCUUACAUUUACAUAUAUUUAAUCGUUUUAAAUUAAGUUGAUUUGAGUUGUCAUAAAUUCCACAUGUACAACUAGAUUUAAACUUCAAUGAUAAACAGUAAUUAUUAAUGAAUUCAACCAAUAAUAUUAUUAAAUAUAUAUUAUAAUAUCCGAUUGUAUUAUUUUUAUCGUAAUAUUAACAUUUCUUUUCUUUUUGAAGCAUUGCGUUAAUUGAUCUCAAUGAGACUGAGAAAUUAAUUAAGAUUAUUCUCGUAAUGUUCUAUGGAAAUCUGUAAAAUGUAACAACAAGAAUAUUGAAUUUUCCAGUCAUAAAAUACGUUCAAGUCAAACGUAAAAUUUUCCACAGCUUCAAUCCAUCAUUGUAGACUUAAUUUGAGAAUUUCAAGGAUCCUGGUUGAAAAAUAUUAUCACAUUAUCACAGACACCCUCAGUUUUCGAGGCAAACAAAGGUUUUAUGUAAUGGCGGGUAAUCCCCCACCAUGACUACUACUGCAAACCUUCCUCUUAGCUAAUAUCCAAAAAUCCGUCAGUCUAAUCAAGCGCUCUGUAAGUGACAACAUUAACAAGCACAGAUAAAAUACUACAACUCUGCAACAAAAUCUAAAAAUACAAAAUAAUUUUCCAAUCAUGGCUGAAUCUCUCGAACAGAUGUCAAAAAUUGACACAAUUAAACUUCGCGAACGGCAUAUCGGACAAUCAUGCAAACUGUUUUACAAGUCCAAUCCAUUAAAAAUUGUCAAAGCCGAAGGACAGUAUAUGUUUGACGAAAAAGGUGGACGUUAUUUGGAUUGCAUAAACAAUGUCGCGCAUGUUGGACACUGUCAUCCGGAUGUUGUAAAAGCCGGACAAGAACAAAUGGCAUUACUAUCGACGAACAAUCGUUUUCUACACGACAAUAUUGUGAUUUGUGCGAGACGAUUGACUUCUUUAAUGCCGGAACCUUUAUCCGUUUGUUUUUUCGUUAAUUCUGGAAGCGAAGCCAACGAUCUUGCGCUUCGUCUAGCACAAACACACACAGGAAAUAAGGACAUUAUCACUCUCGAUCACGCUUACCAUGGUCACUUAACGUCAAUGAUCGAUAUCUCGCCAUAUAAAUUUAAUCAAAUGAAAAAUGGAAAGAAGGAUUGGAUCCAUGUGGCACUCUGUCCAGACGUAUAUCGUGGUAAAUAUCGCGAUGAUGAUUAUCCUAAUCAAGAUCUUGGUCUAAAAUAUGCGGAAGAUGUAAAACGGAUAACAGAUGAUCUGAAACUUAAAGAUCGAGGUGUUUGUGCAUAUAUUGCAGAGAGUCUAAUGUCCGUCGGCGGACAAAUUCUUCCUCCUAAAAAUUAUUUUAAAAACGUAUUCAGAUACGUAAGAGAAGCUGGUGGUGUAUGUAUUGCCGACGAGGUUCAAGUUGGUUUUGGUAGAGUCGGUAGUCACAUGUGGGCCUUUCAACUUUAUGGAGAAGACGUGAUACCAGAUAUCGUAACAGUUGGAAAACCAAUGGGUAAUGGACAUCCAGUAGCAGCAGUAAUCACUACACCUGAAAUUGCAACCAGUUUCAAGAACACCGGAAUCGAAUAUUUCAAUACGUAUGGCGGUAAUCCAGUAUCCUGCGCGGUAGCCAAUGCUGUUAUGGAAGUUAUCGAACGUGAUAACUUACAAGAAAAUGCUUUUCGGGUUGGGCAACAUUUAAUGAUGGAAUUAAAAAAAUUAUCUAAACGUAGAAAGAUCAUCGGUGACAUUCGUGGUGUGGGACUGUUCAUUGGUAUCGAAUUAGUAAGAAACAGAAUAAAAAAGAUUCCAGCUACUGCCGAAGCGAAACAUAUUGUUUCUAGAAUGAAAGAAAAGAAAAUUCUCGUUAGCAGUGAUGGUCCAGAUGAUAACAUUCUCAAAUUGAAACCACCUAUGGUAUUCACUAUUGAAAAUGCUAACGAUUUUAUAUCCGUUCUCGAUGAGGUUCUACAGGAAAUUGAGAUUGAUAUCGAAAAGGAAUUAGAAGUUACACGAACGGUGAUCAAAGCAACAAUUUCACAGAUGAAUCUUGAUAAUAAUUCGACUCCUACCAAAACAAAUUCGGUUCUCGUUCGUGCGAGUUAAUUAUUUAUUUAUGACGAUUGAAGAGAUGCAAAGUAUUAUACCAUUAUAAUUAUUUUGCGUAAAAAAUGAUAUUUUUUUCUAAUUAAGAAUGUUAUUCCUUUUAUAAUAAAAAAUUUAUUCGUCUGUA